AUCUCCGUCUCCGAUUUAACUCUAGAUCGACCUCCUCAACCGGAUUCAUAGACCUAACUUCCCCAAUCCUAGUCCAUUACUCGUCUCAUGCAGUGGUGGCUUCUGAAUUGGAUUUCUUCGCUGAUCGAUAAGAUUUUGUGCACGAUUUGCAUUUCGUUUGACGGAAAUAUGAACCCCUGUGCAGGGGAGAUGGAGGGCGUUAGGGCACUCCUGUUAGCGAUCGUGUUUGUAGUGGCAGACUUGCCGUGGGUGUUGGGCUUCCCUCUCACAGCUCCUGCGUUUCUGUGGUCGCCUCAACCUUACCGAUCACCACAUUAUAACAAUAAAGAAUUCGUUGACUACCGCACAAUCUCCUCUAAGGACUUAACAAAAUUGGUUUUGUCUGAAGGCGGCUGGUCAAAUAUUCUGUGCACCAAGGAAAGCCUUGAUGAGAAUACGGAUGUUGCUGUUGUUUUUGUUGGAAGGAAGUUGCAUUCGUCAGAUAUCUCUAGUCCAAAACAAUCGGAUCCUUCUUUGAUAGACAUUCUGAAGCUGUCAUUCACAACUUCAAACUUCUCUAUGGCAUUCCCAUAUGUUGCCAUAGAUGAACAGGAGACACUGGAAAAUUCUCUAAUUGAAGGUUUUGAAGAAAAUUGUGCACAAGGAUUAGGACUGAAUCGCAUUGCUUACUUGGAUUCCUGUUCCAUAAAUGGCGGAAACCUUGAGAAACUUAACAGCUUGCAUUCAGUUCAUGACUUUCUGGCCUCACGGACAAGUGGGAAGAUGGAUUUAGUUGUUCUGUGCAGUGGAAGAUCGGAAGUGUCGGGCCACACACAAUCAGAAGGGGAGGUUUUCUCUGACAUAGUUGAUUUAUUAAAGCAGUCUGGUGCCAAGUAUACAGUUCUCUAUACGUCCAGGCCAUACAAAACAUUACAGUACCCUGCACAUUUGGCAUUGAGGUUUCUUGCAGAUGGUACCCAGAGCAAUGCCUCUAACAACUCAACUUGCGAUGGAGUUUGCCAAAUAAAGUCAUCUCUCCUAGAAGGGAUAUUUGUUGCAAUUGUGCUGCUCAUAAUUUUGAUAUCAGGUCUGUGUUGUAUGAUUGGAAUCGACACACCUACAAGGUUUGAGACUUCACAAGAAUCCUGAGGGUUAUCCAGAGAGGUGUGCCAUUGAUGCACUGGUGUACUUGGACCUAAGGCACCAAUAUAUCUAUAUUUUUCACGAUAAUGGCAAGUAAGGUUAUUUUGGUUUUCUUAUCAUUUUGCAUGAUAAUGGCCAAGUAAGUUUGUUUGGCUUUUCUAAUCCAGCGUUUUUGCCUGUGUAUAAGGUAUUUGUUCUCUUUGAAAACUUGUAGAUCUAAAUCUGAGGCAUUCAUGUUGUAUUAUGAAUUUGUAUGUCUUUCUCAUUUUUCCUAUCAUGUGGCCUGGACAUGGCAUGAAUAAUAAUCCAUGUAUUCCUA